CAGCAGGAGGAGGAGGAGGACAGAGGAAGAGGAGCAGCAGGAGGAGGAGGAGGAGGAGGAGGAGCAGCAGGAGGAGAGCGAUGGGAGCUUCGUAUGGGAAGAAGAGGACGUACAGCAUUGACCAGGAUCCACCGAGGACCGGUGUGAAGACCCGCAGACAGAACCCGUCCAGAGCUGAUGUCCAGCAGCACCACGCUGAAGGUGUCCACCGGAGGGCUCCGCCCACCUGCAGCUCCGCCCAUCAGACCAACGUCCAAUCAGAAGACGUGGAACUGAUCAAACCCCGGAAGCUGCAGAACCCGGUCAAGUCGUCCCGGAGCCACCAGGAGCUGCACCGCGAGCUGCUGAGCCGCCGGGGGUGUGUGGAGAUGAAGCCGGAGCUUCAGAGAGUUUUAGAGUCGAGGAAACGAGAGCAGCUGAUUCGUCAGAGGAAACAGGAAGACGACGCCCACAGGAAGAUGUCUCCUCUGGAGGCGGAGCUUCGGAAGAGACAUGACAAACUGGAUGAGCUGGAGAGACAGCAGGAGCAGCAGCAGCAGCAGGACCUCAGAGCUCCAGAGUUCAUCAAAGUGAAGGAGAAUCUGAGACGGACGUCCAUCUGUAAAGACGAGAAGAUGGUGUGAAGACACCCCGUCCUCCAGAGGACAGACUGCUGUCCUCAGCUUCAUCACACAAUCAGACACUGGCAGAGUGAGAACUCAAAAGGAUGGAGGACACCCUGUUUACAGUCUGAAGACACGCAAAAGGACAUGCUGAUGAUGCUGUUUGUCCACUGUGUGGACACUCAAUGGACACUGUGUGGACAUUGAGUGGAAACUGUGUGGACAGAUGUGGACAGACGUGAUGUGUCCACAGUUGCUUAUUAAUGAUAAAAACCCAGCUAGCGCGACCGCUAACAGACGUCUGACUGAUGACUCAGCACUAACUGCUCCAUCUCUGAUUGGUCGGUGAAAAUCCAGGAAGAGCUGAUCGCCUCUGGAUCGACCAAUCAGAUACUAGCGACCAGGAAGUUCAACAAUAAUCCCAAUAAAAGUAUCAUUGAUGUGGUGACAGUUCCUGUAAUGAUGGCUAAAACCAAUGUCCACAGGACAGGGGGUCCAGAGGGUCCAGAGGGUCCAGAGGACAGGGGGUCCACAGGGUCCAGAGGACAGGGGGUCCACAGGGUCCAGAGGGUCCAGAGGACAGAGUGUCCAGAGGGUCCAGAGGACAUAAUGUCCAGAGGACAGGAUGUCCAGAGAGUGCAGAGACAGAGAGGAAAUUGGACAUUCCACAUGGGGUGCCUCAGGGUUCGGUUGUGGGCCCUCUGAUGUUUCCGUCUCAGCCGUGUCCCGCAGUCAUUUCUCACCUGUACUAUUUGCUGAUGACAGUAAUCCGAUUACAUCUCCACCAGCUUCAGUACUCAGUAAUACUUCAACACUUCAGUAACAGUAAAUCUGUAGAAAGUAACUUUAAGAUCUUUGUAAUCCGAACAAGAGUCGGCCAAAAGAUUCAUCAACAGAACCAGAGUUUCGGUAGAAGUUAAAGCAGAACCGUGCAGCUGCUGCUCUGGAGCUCCCCCUACUGGUCUCCUGCGGAAGCCCACUGUCCUAAACGUCCCCCUCACCCCCCGCAGAGAGCGUCCCACUCCCGUUUCCUUUUUCCCGCUCGUCAGACGAAGGUUCUUCCUGUUCCUGGCUCUGCCGUGGUGAGCCGCUCAGGGAGGCGUGGCUAACGCUGGCGACGGUUUCAUGUUCGCACUUUUUUCCUUGUCCUCCGUAUGAGAGCCGGAAAGCAGGCUUGUUGUUUCAGAUGUAG